AUGCAGUAUCCAUCUUGGCCAGAACAACCGACCUUCAGGAUAUCCUCGACCGGUUCGCACAACUACAGCGAUGUGGGUAGUGCAUCUCAUGCAUUGUCCUCCCACAGAGCGGAGCAUCCUUUGACUAGCAAGAAGAUGGCAAUUCCUAGGCUAGCAGAAGGGCUGGAAACAUUCCCAACUCCAAGUAGAUUUCAUCGUCGUCACGUGAGCCGAGCAUGUGAAUCCUGCAGACAGAGAAAGACAAAGUGCACUGGAGAUAAGUCCGGUUGUCGCAACUGCCGUGAGGCUGGCAUCAUUUGCUGCUAUACAGAUGAUGGCUCCGUGGCUGACUUCAGAGAAAUUGGUACGCCAAGGCAAUUGGCUAGCUUGGAGGCCAAAAUACGGACUUACGAAGAUGCUUUGAAGAACCUGAGCAGCAGAUUUGGGAUUACGAAUGAGCAGCUGAUGAACCUUGCAUUGACUGUGGAAGAGUCCUCUAGUCCUUCCUUGUCCCCCGAUGGGCGAACCCCCUUGCCCGGAACUCAAAGACCUCUCUCAGCUACCAGUUCCCAGUUGUCACUAUAUGUUGACUCAAGCCACUGCCUUGAUUGCAUCAAUGAAGACUUCAACAAGGACGAAGUUUCCCAAGCUACUGGUUAUAUUGGUCAAAGCUCCGAAAUAUCAUGGAUACAUUCAUUAGGCCGAGAUAUCAAUGGAGACACUGAGCACGGUACUCCGAGCGAAGCUAUAUUUUUAUCGACCUCUGAUAGUAGUCUUAUCUCCGCAUCGAAUUACCAUGUUGAUGAUCAAGAACUGCCAAAUAUCGAGCGACAAGAGGCAUAUGCACUACCAUCAAAGGAUGUAGCUUCAAAGCUCUACAACUGCUAUUUGGAUUGGGUGCAUCCUACCUUCCCAAUCAUAGGAACCACACCAUUUGGAAAACAGUUCCACGCAUUCUUCAACGAUACCAGGUUACAUACGGGUAACAAGUGGCUCGCAGUCUUGAACCUAUUAUUUGCGAUUGCUGCUAGGUAUGCUUACAUCUCUGAAGCAGAAUGGCAGCUGAACAAGAAUAAUCACUGGUUGUAUUUCUCAAGAGCGAGGGUCUUGAGUAUAGAUGAUUGGAGCUUUCAUCAUCCUGACCUACAGCAAUUACAAGUGGAAGGGCUAACAGCUUUAUACAUGCUUUCAUUGGGGCAUGUCAACCGUGCCUGGAGAAUCUGCGGAAGUGCUGUUCGGGGAGCCCUUGGUCUUGGGUUGCAUCUGCGCAACAUGAGCAAGUCUGCUUCGGAUACUUCCAGGGAGAUUCGAUAUCGUGUAUGGUGGUCUCUCUACACACUUGAUCACCGACUUAGCAUAAUCACGGGACGGCCUUCCUUCAUAGAUGAUACUGUCUAUACAACACCUCUCCCAGUACCAUUUGACGAAAAGGAUUUCGGGAAGGAUGAAGUUAUAAAUUGCCUCCGGUUCUCACACGGAACUGAAGGAAUUCAUACAGAUUUUGAUUUGAUGGGCAGACACUCAAUAGCAAUCUCCAAGGGUACAGGCGCAAUUUCCGGUCCUCCCUCCGGAUCGUUGCACUUCCUCCAUGUCAUUCGGCUCAUGCUGAUAUCAAAGAAGAUGAUAAAUAAGCUUUACAGUCCCUCAGCAGCGAGCACGUCUUGGAUGGGGAUAGAAUUCGCUAUACAAGGUCUUACAUCUGACGUUGAAUCAUGGCUUCUGAGCCUUCCUAAGGAGUUUGACUUUACCUCGACCCAAUCCACGCAGGUUACUUAUUCGAUAUCUAACCACCGAAUGAGCCUGGCAUUUAUUUUCUAUAGCACCAAAAUUGGAAUAACACGGCCAUGUCUGCGCCGUUCCAAUCCUGUGAAUCAGGAUGGCAAAACUCCAGAUGAAAAGAUACAGGAUUUCUGUCAGAGAACAGCAGCUGAGUGCGUGGAAUCAGCUUGCCAUAUGCUGAGAUUGUUCCCAGAUGGGCUAGAUGCUGCUGCGCUGUACAGAAUGUCACCUUGGUGGUGUAUACUGCAUUUUCUUGUACAAGCAACCACGGUCCUUUUAAUGGAACUGUCUUUUGGUGUUUGCCACGUACCAGAGAAAGCAUCGAUGGUUUCUAAGGCGACCGAAAGAGCACUUAAAUGGCUUGCUAUACUCGCAAAUACCAACGCGGCCUCGGAGAAAGCUCGCUUACUAUGCGAAGGUCUUUUGCGCCGUAUCGAACAAUAUGCGGGCGUGAAUUUACCCAACCCGCCCAUCCCUAGCAGAUUCGGCACUUCUGUUACGCCUGGACCUGGACCAACCGGACUUUCGUCUGCUCCAGAGCCGCAGACUAAUGAACUUGGAUGUGGUCCUUUACCGCUCUCAGAUCCGUCAACUUCUCUGGAAGCCCAUUUAAAAGGCCAGCCUGCUUCAGAAAGUCCGGACCUCAUGCAUACGGACAAGGAUACCACCGCUCAGGAUACUUACGAUGAGAGCCUUCCUUAUGAUCCAAGCACAGGGCAGAUCAUAGGGUCCUUUUUCCCACCUAAUUUAGGACUCGGCUUGGAAAUAAGCGAAUACUUUUUGGAGGAAGUGUGA